AUGGAAGAGAAAAAUUUUACCAUGGUGAAGGAGUUCAUCCUUUUAGGAUUCACAACGGACUUGAAGUUACAGCGAGGACUUUUUCCCAUCUUCCUUAUCAUUUAUGUCAUCAGUCUUCUAGGGAACAUCACCCUGAUUUCUCUGAUCUGUUGUGAUUCACGACUCCACACACCCAUGUAUUUCUUCAUUGGGAACCUGUCAUUCCUGGAUCUCUGGUAUUCCUCUGUGUAUGCCCCCAAAAUCCUAGUGACCUGCAUAUCUGAGGAUAAAAGCAUCUCCUUUGCUGGCUGCCUGGCUCAGUUCUUCUUCUCUGCUGGACUGGCAUAUAGUGAAUGUUACCUAUUAGCUGCCAUGGCUUAUGACCGCUAUGUGGCCAUCUCCAACCCUCUGCUCUAUUCUCAGGCCAUGUCCCCAAGGUUGUGUACCAGUCUUGUUGCAGCUUCAUUUCUUGGUGGCUUUAUUAACUCAACGAUCAUCACAAGUGAAACAUUUACUCUGAGCUUCUGUGGUGACAAUAUCAUUGAUGAUUUCUUCUGUGAUCUUCCCCCACUUGUGAAGUUGGCAUGUGAUGUGAAGGAGAGUUACCAGGCUGUACUCUAUUUCAUACUUGCCUCCAAUGUCAUCACUCCCAGCGUACUCAUUCUUGCCUCCUAUCUCUUCAUCAUUGCUGCCAUCUUGAAGAUCCGCUCAGCCCAAGGGCGCCUCAAGGCCUUCUCCACUUGCGGCUCUCACCUGACCGCGGUCACCUUAUACUAUGGCUCGAUUCUCUUCAUUUACUCCCGGCCAAGCACUAGCUAUGCCCUGGAACGUGAUAAAGUGGUGUCAGUUUUCUAUACUGUGGUGAUUCCAAUGUUAAAUCCCCUGAUCUAUAGCUUAAGAAAUAAAGAUGUGAAAAAUGCCCUGAAGAAAAUGUUAGAAAGAGCAAAGUUUUCUUAA